AUGAUCCUUGUGGGGAGAGCUAAUUUAGUGAAAGUUAGAGGCCUUUGGCAAUGUUUGGAGAAAUUUUGUGCAUGGUUGGGACAGCGGAUAAAUAAGCUUAAGACCUCCAUUUUCUUCAGUAACAAUACUAGUGAGGGUAUGAAAAGUGACAUCAAACAGGAACUCAGAAUCAACUGUGCCACUAGGAACAUUAAUUAUUUGGGACUCCCUCUAUUUAGAUCUCAACAUAAGGAUACUGACUUCAACUUCAUUUUAGACAAUUUUGUGGCGAAACUACACGCGUGGAAGUUGAAAACACUGUCCAAGGCUCGCCGAGCUAACUUAAUCAAAUCAGUUAGGCUCUCCUUGCCAGUUUAUACCAUGCAGACCACGAAACUUUCUAAAAAACUUGCUUUUAAAAUUGAUGGUAUGGCCAGAGACUUUUGGUGGGUUGUGAAAAGGGUAACUGAGGGCUCUAUUUGA